GACUAGAUCCAAGCUAUAUAAAUUCCAGCCCAUUCCAAAGGCUUGCUGCAGUGAUUCGAUCCACGGCCAAAGAACAAAAGUCACUAGUGGUGUGCUGUCUGAGGAAUAAUCAUGAAAUUGGUUGCUGUAAUCUUUGCCCUUUCAGUCAUCUCAGGCUGCCAGGGAAGGUUCCUGUUUCAGGAUGAACCUAAAACCCAUUGGGAGGAGAUGGUGGAUAAGUUCUGGGAGUAUGUAAACAGUGUGAGCUCCAAGGCUGAAGAUAUGAGGAAGAGCAUACAGGCCACCCAACUUGGAAGAGAGCUUGACACACUGAUCAGUGACAGCAUGGCCGAGCUGCAGAUGUACACUGAUGAUGUGAAGUCGAAGUUGGCACCCUACGCUGAGCAGACUGCUCAAAGAGUGCACGAUGAUCUUCAGCUGCUGUCAGAUAAGCUACGUGUACAUAUGGAGGAGGCAAAGGAUCGCAUUACAGAAUACAGCCAGGAGCUCCAGACCAUGGUCGACCAGAACACAGAUGAGGUCAAGAACAGAAUCAAUGCAUACAUCCGUAAACUGAAGAAACGCCUCAACAAGGACACGCAGGAGAUCAAAAAGAAAAUAGAAACAUACUUCGAGGAAGUCCAAGCUCGUGCUACUCAGCAUGCGGAUGACAUGAAUGAGCGCCUGAUGUCUUACUUUGACGUAGUACGCCAAAAUGCUGAGGACAAGUUUAACACCCUUAAAGAUUUGCUGAAUGACCAAGCUGAAAAAGUGAUGGAGAAAUGGGAGAAAAUGAAAGAGCAGGCUGAGGAGAUCAAAAGCAAUCUGUACACCCCAUUCCAGAAGAAAAUGGAGGAGCUUAAAAACUGGUUUGAGCAAUUCUUAAAUUGAGGAGCUAGAGACCAUCACUAAAAGGUUUAAACCACACACCUAAGACCUAACAAGCUGGAAAUGUUGAUAGAAAGUUGGCAUUAUGCUCAGGUUAUGCAAAAAAUACUUAGGCCUACCACUGUAUUUUAGCAGAAAUCUAAUGGAUGUUUAUUGGAGCUGUUGUGACUGUUUAUUCAGUACUAAAGUAAAAUUAUUAAAUACUUCAAGAGCAGUUAAACCUUUUGGUUUGCUUAUACCGCUUAAAUCAUUGGCCUCAGUAUUGGUUCUACAGAAGAAUGUCGAUGACUUUCCAAAGAAUCUCAGGUCUAAGCUGUGCUAUAAAACUACAAUAUGACGCAAAGGGAUAAAGCUACUAUAACAAGUAAUGGUGAGACCAUAAAAUGUUGUAAGCAAGUCACUGACAAGGUUGUUAAUCUUGAAAAUGUGUAGUAACAUAAGUAAUGAUAUGUUGUAAGCAGAUAGUUAUCAGUUUCAUUUGCCAAUUUUCAAUAAAGUAAGAAACAAUGCUGUGCAAUAUUA